AACCUGGUACGUUCUAAACGUUUCUCAUUCGGUUUAGUAAGCUCAAAUCAAUUAAACUUCUUCUUCUUCUCUGCUUCUGAAUCUAUUGGAUCUCGAAAUCGUACCUCGACGAAUAUGUCUUCGCCUGGCGAAUACUAUAACUCACUGCCACCAAUAACCAAGGCUUAUGGUACUUUGUGCCUCCUGGCUACAACACUCUCACAACUGGGCUUAGUUGCUCCUGUUCAUAUUGCUUUGAUUCCUGAACUCGUCAUUAAGCAGUUCCAGGUCUGGAGGCUGAUAACAAACCUCUUUUUCCUUGGUGGUUUCUCUAUCAAUUUCGGGAUACGUCUUUUGAUGAUAGCAAGAUAUGGAGUUCAACUCGAGAAAGGGCCAUUUGAAAGGCGGACGGCAGACUUUUUGUGGAUGAUGAUCUUUGGAUCCUUGACUCUAUUGGUUUUAUCAGCCAUACCAUUUUUCUGGACGCCGUUCCUUGGAGUUUCGCUUGUGUUCAUGCUUCUAUAUUUGUGGAGCCGAGAAUUUCCAAACGCCAACAUCAGCCUAUACGGUCUUGUCACACUUAAGGCUUUCUACCUCCCAUGGGCAAUGCUAGCACUCGAUGUUAUAUUCGGCUCUAAAAUCAUGCCAGAUCUUCUUGGAAUCAUAGCUGGUCAUCUGUACUACUUCCUAACAGUCCUUCACCCUCUCGCCACCGGGAAAAACUACCUGAAAACUCCAAAAUGGGUUAAUAAACUGGUAGCGAGAUGGCGAAUUGGAGCUCCAGUAGCAGCGGUUCGACAAGCAGGUGGUGUAGGAGCAGGAGGACCUGGAGCUGGAGGAGGAGUAGGAGGAGGAGGAGCUUAUUCAAGUGCUCGUGCCCCACCCGAGAGCUCCAACACAGCAUUCAGAGGUCGAUCAUAUCGUCUCACCGACUGAAAAUAUUAAAUCCUCUUGGGUUUCUUCGUUUUCAUUCGGUAUAUGUUUUCCAAACAAUGCCACUAACAAGUAGCAGGUAGCUUUGUGUUUUUUGAGCAGUACAGUUUUCAAAUAUAAAUGACUUUGUAGGGAAAGAAAUCUUUGGAGUGUUUUUUUAAUCUAAUGUUGUAUUCAAA